GGAAGAACAGCGCAUGCGGCAGUACUCACACGAAGGAGCGUGCCUCAACAGUCCAUCACUGCAGGAGUGCCGUCGUGAAGAUUCCACUUCUCCGUCGUAUUCAGGUCGAGACCUCCCAGACCCAGAGUCGUCACCAUCUUUUUCUACGACUUGGUGGCAGUCUCCUACGGAUCUAAUCAGAGUUGUGGGGAAGAACAAGAACAACAUCAGGAGUAGGAUUCGCAGCAGCGAAGAGAAUAAAAUGGAAGAAGUUUCGCUUGCUAUCGCACACACGGCGUCGGAUCGACAUGGGUUUUCCUGCCUCGUCCGACAGGCAACGUUUCCUGAGUUCACGUCGCCGCACGUACAAAUUCUUUUUCAUCAACUUGAUGCAACUCCUGGAACAAGCAGCAAAAGCUUCGCAGGAGGUGCACGGGCCGCAACUACAGAGCACGAGCAGCGGCAGAUGCAAGUGCUGUACCUGAGCGGGCACUUUGGUCACUUGUAUGACCCUAUGCACGUCAUUGAGACGGAAUUCGGUGACUGGAAGCUUCACCUGCAUGGGGUGCUCUCCUACCACAAAGCCUACUUUCCGCAUCUGCAGUCCGGCGACGCCGAGCUGGUCGAGAUGCUCGGGCAGAUCCACAAAACGAAGGCCAAGUUGCAUGAAGACUGGGAGACGUUGCAGGCCUGGUUUGGCGCGUGGCUCGAGCGGACCUUCCCGACAUCAAGUGCUGCUGGGGAGUCUUCACCACUAGAAAGAACGCGAUCAAGAACUAGUCGGAGCAUAAAUCUCGAUGUGGUGCUGUGUGGACACCCAGUGCUCUGGUGCAAACUGUUUGCGGACUAUCCUGCGUCGGAGAUCUCGGUGGUGGCCAGUUACGAUAACCCCUUCCACUUUCUCGUGCCGCAAGGGCAAAUCGAGCAGUGGCGCCAUGAGCUUCGUGAUCUAAUUCGGCGCCGAAAUUACUUUUUCGUCAGUUACACCGCUUACGCCAGCAUUCAGCUGCACUACAUAGCCGACGCAGGGAUCGUACCUUGGCAAGCCGUCAUGGCCCUGCCGCUCGGAGAGCACUACGCGAAAAAAAUGGCAAAAGAAGUGGACGAGCAUCAAAAAGACCGCGAAGUCGUGCUGGUUCAUCCAGGCUCGACUCGUCUAUCCGUCGCACGGCGAUCCGGACAAGGGGAGCAUUUUCAGUUUUCGAGAAACUUGAAAAUAAUAGAGCUCGACUCCACAGGCGGGAACUGGCACGGACCGUCCAUCAUGCUGCGGAAGAUGAUCGAAGAGAGCGUGCUAUCCUGCGUAGAAACGACGUCUCGAUUUUAUGGUUUUGAGAAUUGGAUGUUGUAGGCAAGCAGAACUUCCGUGCCACUUACUUAUCAUGGGAUCUAAACAGAUUCGUUUUUACGUAGGAUAUGGGCCGGGAUCCAGGGUGGCUUGCGCCGAGAUUGCCGUAUCCUGCGUAGAAGAUCCGGACUGGCAGGAGUUUCGAACGAACGCUGUGGAACUACUUGGCGCAGCCGCGACGAACAAGGAGGUCCCCGCCUCCGGUCCGCAAGCCAAGAGAUUCCGAAAAAUGAUGGCCCAGACGUUGUUUUUCGAUUUCGUUAUCCUGUGGCCCUACGACAUAACGAAUAUGAAGCUUUCGGAAUACUACGCGCUGCGCUUGCCCUAUGGCAGUGUCAGGAUUGAAAUCGUCAAAGUUGAAAUAGUUUGUCAUGCAGAAAAUGCAACGCAGAGAUUGCCUCUAUUGAAUUGCAGAGGACGCAAGGGAGGCAGAUUGUAGUGCUGGUAAGGGUCGAGAAUUGGGCUGCUGACUAGCAUCACAGAGGGGAGCCCCUGCCCUGAACAGCAUGACAAACUGGCUUCCGGUACGGACAAGAUUUGUCAUGCACCGACUAGACACUGCGGGUCCAGCUGGUAUCCAUUUUAUGCAUGACAAACUUUGUCGAUUUCAAACCUGACGCUUCCAUAUGCCCAUCUUUGUACACCGGGAAUUGUGGCGAUACACCCGGCGGGGAAGCCAUGCGCUGGGCCCCGGAGGCGUGGACCCGCGGCCGGAGGUGAAUGCGAGACUCGAAGACAGGGUCGCAAAUUGCAAGCGAGAGCGAGAAGCGAGUCUAGAACUGCGGAUUUCCUCCUCGGAUGAACUGUUCGGAAAAGAAGACUCGAGAAAAUCAUCCUGCACGGACGCUGCACUGUUUGAUAUUUCCCUGACCGGCACCGACGUGGUAGCUAGCGCCUUUGCUGAUAUUAACGAGAAAAAUAACGUCUCAGAAACGCUAGAAGGAACAAGCGCCUUUCCGUACGCAUUCACCCCGUUCGAGUGGCAGGGCCGGUUUCGCAUGGAUCCCUACGCGGGCUGGUUCUACGCACGGAUCGCCGAAUUCGCGCUGCGUCCGCACCUCCAAUACUACCGCAGCGUGCGCGAGCUCGCGGAGGUUGCUUUCGUGCUCGCGGAGGAGAAAAAGCGCACGGGGAGGAUAGCACCUCUGGAGAGGAUACGAGAACAGAUGGAAACCUGGUACAGAGAUGCAGCGGCAAACACCAAGUCCUUCUGGAAGAAGCUGUUCACGGCUGCGGAGAGAAAUUUGGACUAGGCGUGGCAAUAGUGUUGUGCUGAGGCUGACCCACCCGCACCGAUGGUGCACCAAGCGCAGGAUGAACAAGUGGCAGCAAAGCUUGAGCCCUCGUCACUGGCCGAGCGUAGGUUUUACACUGUUCAUGUCCGGAAUAUUGAAUGCGGUCUGCGUGUUCGGUCAAAAGUCUCACCGUCUGAACAAGUAAGUAAGUAC